AUGCCUUCCAAGCCGAUAUCAAUCCCGGGCGCGGUGGAGCGACAAGCGGAGAAGGCGAGGGAGGGGGACAAGGAGACGCGCAAGGAGAAGCAGAAGCAGAGACUCAGGAAGCCGCUUCCUCGUCAAGAUCUGAGUGGUACCAGCAAAGACUCGAGCACGAGCAGCAUCAGCGACGAUCGCUUCUUCUCUGCCGUGGAAAACCUCUCCCAGCUCACGCUCUCAGACGACAGCUCUGAGUACACGGAGUGGAUCAUGAAAUUCAUAUCCUCGCGCGGCAAUGAGUACUUCUGUGAGAUCGACGAAGAGUACCUGACGGAUCGCUUCAACUUGACUGGCCUUAACAUCGAAGUCAACUACUACCAACAUGCCCUGGACCUCAUCACAGAUGUGUUCGACUUAGACUGCGAGGAUGACAUGCGCGACGCCAUCGAGAAGUCUGCCCGCCACCUUUACGGCCUCGUACACGCUCGCUACAUCGUCACUACCCGCGGUCUCGCCAAGAUGGUCGACAAGUACAAGAAGUCCGACUUCGGUCGAUGUCCACGUGUCUACUGCGAAGGCCAACCUCUCCUCCCGUGCGGUCUCGAAAACAACGCCGGCAAGAAGCCCGUGAAGCUGUACUGCGCCCGAUGUGAAGACACCUACUCUCCAAAGUCUAGCAGACACUCGACUAUCGACGGUGCCUACUUCGGUACAUCCUUCCACAACAUACUCUUCCAAGUCUACCCCGCUCUCAUACCUCAGAAAUCCCUCAAGCGCUUCACUCCGACCAUCUUCGGCUUCAAAGUUCACUACGCUGCUGCACUCCACCGCUGGCAAGACGAAGAACGCCGCGACAUGCGCGAACGCCUCGCCGAGGCCGGUAUCGCACCACUUCCUUUCUCCGCAGACAACAGUUCUUCACAAGCCCAACAACAAGCUCCGACUCGUCAGCUGCUUUUCGUCGAAGACGCCGAGGACGAUGACGGUAUGAGUGCACGCGCCGAUGCGAGGCUAGACGACGAUCAUGAUGAUGGUCCUGACGCUGAUGAAGACCCGGAUGAAAGCAGUGCGACGAGGAUGCAGGGUCAGGCUCAGGUGGAGAAUCAGAUGCAGUCGCAGGCUAUGGUCACUAAGGGAGGAGUCAACAUGGGACUGAUCCGGGCUCGAGCUGUACAAGCUGCGAUUCUCAAGCAUCAGCAGAGUAGUGCGACUCAUACACAGGGCGGACAGCCACGGGUUUGA